AUGAAAAACCCUGCAUUGAUUCCGCUUGCGGAGGUUUUGCUUUUAUACGGUGGCACGGGUGCGUACUGCGCACCUAUAUCGUUGUGGCGCGAAAAUAGCGAGGCUGGGAGGGGAAUCUGCCUUCUCCGUUUGCGGAGGGAUCUGAAUUUCAUUGAUCAUACAAGCAAUAAUGGGUGGAAAGAGUUUCAUAGAGCAAAGCCAUUUAUUAUAGAUCCAGGGUUGUAUAGUGUGAAAAAAUCUGAUGUGUUUUGGGUUACUCAAAGGAGAAGUGUGCCUACUGCAUUCAAACUCUUUACAGGCUCUGCUUGGAUGGCACUUUCUCGAUCUUUUAUCGAUUACUGCAUUUGGGGAUGGGACAACCUACCUCGAACCGUCCUCAUGUACUAUGCAAACUUCUUAUCUUCUCCGGAAGGUUACUUCCACACCGUGAUUUGCAAUGCUCAAGAAUUCCGCAACACUACUGUAAACAGUGACCUCCAUUUUACAUCAUGGGAUAACCCUCCUAAGCAGCAUCCUCAUCUCCUCAAGCUUGCCGACAUGGAACGAAUGAUUAACAGCAACGCCCCUUUCGCAAGAAAGUUCCCUCGGGAUGAUCCGGUUCUAGACAAGAUUGACUCCGAGCUAUUGUCUCGGGGUCCAGACAUGUUUACUCCCGGCGGUUGGUGCGUAGCAAGCGUGCAAAACGGGAGUGAUCCUUGUUCAGUUGUCGGUAAUACAACAGCCAUCAAGCCUGGCCCUGGAGCUACGAGGUUGGAAACCUUGAUCAGUGCUCUUCUAUCCAACGACAAUUUUCAACCGCGACAAUGCAAAUGAUACUGUCGGAAACUUGGUUAGCGGAGCAUUCGUACCGAUUAGGGUUCGGUUAUACAUAAAUCAGAAGACGAAGACGGUGCAUCAAGUGUAAAGUAUUCCUUGUGGUAAGUGGAAGGAAGUAGGCGAGAUAUCUUUGGAU